CCGGCUGUGAGUGAUCGGUCCGUGGGGAGGAGCUGAGAGUCGGAGGCAGAGAGAGAGGAGCUGGUGUUCAGUGUUCGUGAAGCAGCAGCAGUCGACCCAUGGAUCACAGGCGACUCUCAGAGUGAAGAACUCCUCCGUUUACUGUCCAGCUCUUUGUUAUUACUUCUGAAGACGUGAGAUCUACUUCCCCAGGAGCCAGGAUCCAGGAGCCAGAGCAGCAGCGGCAGCAGCGACGCCCCGGGGCCGAUAAUAAGGACUCACAAUGUCUGAUGGGGACUAUGAUUACCUCAUCAAAUUCCUAGCCCUCGGUGACUCUGGCGUGGGAAAAACCAGCUUCCUCUACCAAUACACAGAUGGCACGUUUAACUCCAAGUUCAUCACCACAGUCGGGAUUGACUUCAGAGAAAAACGAGUGGUCUACAAAUCCUCAGGUCAAGAUGGAACCUCAAGUAGAGGACAGAAGAUCCACAUGCAGCUGUGGGACACUGCCGGACAGGAGAGGUUUCGGAGUUUGACGACCGCGUUCUUCAGGGAUGCGAUGGGUUUCCUCCUCCUGUUUGACCUCACAAACGAGCAAAGUUUCCUCAACGUCCGGAACUGGAUGAGUCAGUUACAGAUUCACGCAUACUGCGAAAAUCCAGAUAUCGUUCUAUGUGGCAACAAAUGUGACCUGACGGAUCAGAGAGCGGUGAGAGAAGACGAGGCACGAGAGCUGGCAGAGAAAUACGGUAUCCCAUACUUUGAGACAAGUGCUGCUAACGGGGAGAAUGUGAACCAGGCUGUGGACGACCUGCUGGACCUCAUCAUGAGGAGGAUGGAACGAUGUGUGGACAAGUCGUGGAUCCCGGACGGGACCGUCCGAGUUAACGGACUGACCAACUCAGAAAUCCCUGAGAGCUCAGAGAAGAGCAAAUGUGCAUGUUAGAAUGAUGAGGAGUCAUUUUAGUUACAUAUGUGUGUGUCCAUGAUACUGGCGAUGAAAUAGGAAGACAACCACGUUCAAUGUUUCACAAAGUGAGAGGAUUAUUUCUGUGUUAGGUCAAACUUAACAGUAAUUUGUGCCCAUAGCUCCAUAAACUGUGCAUACUUUUAUUGACACCUUAUAUUAUUUGUCAGUACAGAUCUCAGUGCCUUUUGUAAUAUGGAAAUUGUCAUAAGGUUUCAUGUUAUUAAUUAAUUUUGAUUGUGAGUAUUGGAUAUUUAUUGUCUGGCUUAAAUGUCCAUCUUUUCAUCACUGGAGUUUACUGAUCACAUUUUGUAUAGACAUUGUGUUAUCUGUUGCAGCAAAGAGCGCAGCCCUGCCAGAAGUGCCAUAAAUAUUCUAUCAAUACUUUCUGUGAGGUUAGCGUGGAUUCACUGGUUUUAUCUCGAGAAAGAAGUCUCCUUUACUUGUCUGUCUGCAGCCAGAUAUAUUGAAAUAUUGACUGUGAUACCUGCAGUCACUGAUUGUUGCUGGAGGGAUAUUUACUUUUAGAAAAGAAAAUGUAACCAGUGAAACUGAUUGUCUGCUGGAUGUCCAGCUGAACAAUCUCACCUGUGCCCUGCCAGAAAAAAGUAUAGCUCACAUUGACCAUCCAGCACAAGCUACUUGGACUCUCUACACAAUGUGGCUUUUCUGACUCAGUUCUUGUGCUUGUUUGUCUGGAAAACAUGAAUUAUGUAACACAGUUACUUGGUCAUGAAAACUUGAUUAUGUACAGCAACUGGUUUUGCCAAUAAUUACAAAAGCAAUAGAGAAAACUGAGACGUGAACCAGGAGUCUAGUACUUUGGUCAUUUAUCCUGCUUUAAAAAGCACAAAGACACGAUUAGAAGCUCAAAUUUUCAUGAUAGACAUUUUUAAGGAAAAAAAGUUAAUGCUGAAUCUCACUGUUGCUCUUAUGUGUAUUUUAUUAGUUUGAAGGAAAAUAAUUUGAUUUUAAAAUUUUAACGAAAAUAUCAGUUUCAGUUCGCUCACUUUGGGCUCAGUGACGUUUUUCCUACUGGCUCCAUGUUAAAUACAUAUAAAGUCAAACAAUUAUUGUCACUAAUGACGAAACCUGAGAUUUAAGUUCCAUCUUCAACAUUGUAAUAAUUAAAUGCUUUUGCCCGGCAGCUUCCAGAGUCUAACUCUGUGGAAAUCAAGUAAAACCAGAUCUGGUGAGGCUGACCUUACCUGGAUCCUCUGCAUUUUUACAUUUUUAUCAUUAUUCACUUGUUAUAAUGCAAUAGCUUUAAAUCACACAUUGUAUGUAUUUAAGUAUUUGCUUUCUCUACUGAUAUCAUGAAGAAUAUAAUACACUUUUAUAAAGUACAAUAAGAUCUUCAGGGGAAAUGGGCUGUGGUGCCACUUGUAUCUCACACAGCAAAUGCCACAUAUUCAAUGGGUGUAUUUACUAUUGCAGUCAUAUUCUCAUUAAAUACAUUGUAAGAAAUAAUACAAUGAGCUUCGAAAGAUUUAUAAGUAAGGAAAUAAAAUUGGGCAUGUACUUUAGUUUAUCUUAUGGGGUGCAUUUGAAAUGCCAAUGCUGAUGAUCAGUUUAUAAUACAACUAUAUUUUACAAAAAUGGAAAAGAAUAUAUACACUGGGGUUAUUUUUCUGAACUGUAAUUUCACAUAUUACACUAUUUCUGUAUACAAUUGUGAAUUUGAUGUUUCACUCACUAUUUCAAAACAAU